UGUUGAGGUCCUAAAUAUGCAUGACAAGACAGAGCCAUAUUAAGACACUAGGAUGCAGGCUAGAGCAUAAACUAUACAUGAUGCCUUUUAGGAUGUUUCGUAGUGCUUCCAUUUUUCUUCUGAAGAAUAAAAAGAUGCAGUUGGGAAAUAUAUGAAUGAAAAAAACUAUAGUAACAUGUCAGCUCUGUUGGUAUCAGAUUUGCACCUGCAGAUCUUUCAGGCCCAAAGUGUGCACGUUCACGUACUAAGGCGUGCUAUGACGUCUUGAGAGAGAGCGCGCUGUGAUGAUGGCGGUACGUGCACGCGCGGCAGCAGUAAUGGCUGCUUCAGAUCGGCGGAGUUCUAUCCCAGUUGAGUUCGUAGGACAAAGUUGGAGCUCCUGGAUAGAUAAGAAUAACGUUUCCGCAUCGGAAGCGUCUAACACAGAAGAAUGCAGCAAAAAUGUGAAGAAAAGGAUGGAAACUAUGACACUCAGGAAAGAAGACAUGUCAAUUUAUGGUCACUGCCCAGCGCACGACGACUUUUUCCUGGUGGUGUGCAGUCAUUGUGGACAGGUGGUGAAGCCCCAGGCGUUUGAAAAACACUGCGAGAGGCGGCAUGGGCCACUCGGCAAGCUCUACGGCGACCAUUCUCUCUCUAGCCCUCUGAAGCGACCUCGGCCUGGGCGUCCUCCUGGUCAGCACAGUGCCUCACGCGAAGCACGGGACGGCCGAUGGCAGGAGCCGGGCUCCCCCAGGGCUCCGCUGCCGCCUGCGGCACACAGGCCCACCAAAGCUCAGAAAGAGGGUGUCAGCGUGUUGCCGAGCGACAAGCUGUCCCAGGGAACCCCACCGUCGCCGCCCCACUCUUCUGCCCCCAGUCCCCGAGACCCUCCAUGGCGCCACGGGGCGGUGCAGCCCAGCGCUACCUCUCCUGGAGAGAAGCCCCUCCAGAAGGGCAUGCAAGGGCCACCGGCGGAUGCUCUCAGCCCCCUGCGUGGGCCAAGAACCUACAGCAGAACCUACAAGAAAGUGCACAAGAAGGAAUUAGACCUGGACAAGCACUGCGGAGUACUUGAUCCAGAGAGGAAGAAAGUUUGCACCAGGCUCCUGACAUGUAAUAUUCACUCCAUUCACCAGCGAAGGCAGGUUGUUGGAAGGAGCAAGAAUUUUGACCAGCUGGUAACAGAGUUGAAAAUGGGCUCGAAGGCUCGAGAGCGGGCACCUGCGCUCAGAGAAUCGCCGGAAACGGAAGCGCCCUCUUCUGAGACCCCCGUGAGCCAAAUCGGGUCUCCUCACUGCAAACGCCAGCUGAAUUGUGUAAAUCUCAGGCCCAGGACUCCCUCGGAAAGCGCAGUGGAGGAGGAGAUGGAGGUUCUAACGGAAGCAGAGGAGCCGACACCGCUGUCCAACAAUCACAAUCGCCUCUCCAGCGACGAGAGCGAAGGGGAGGGCCAGGAGGAGUCCCUAGAUCUCCCGUUCAGUCCGUGGCAUCCCAAACCGCUUGGGCUGUGUACGUUUGGCAGUCGCUCACUGAGCUGCAGUGUCUUCACCUUUGACCGGCGGCUGCAUCACCUGCGAUCAGCCGUGAGUGCCAUGGUCGAGCAGCACCUCAGUGCGCAUCUCUGGAAGAAAAUACCCCAGGUGGCAGACACGCGGCUCAACAAGAGUCCCGCGGCGGUGGCAUCUGUGCCCAGCUCUCAGGACCCCUCAGGCAGCGCUUCGGUCCGCGCGUCUGUCUCCUCCUCGCCCGCCCCCUCCUCCUCCUCCUCCUCCUCCUCCUCCCUCAGGACUAGCAGCUCCUCUCUCCCUCAGCGCACAGGGAGGGAGAACUCCUCAGGACAAUCAGAGACUAAAGGCAGCCGGACGACGCCCUCUGCGCCGUCGGGGCCCGGUCGGCCCAAGAACCCCGUGGGCCGGCCCAGCAAGCAGCAGCUGCGCCAGCGCGAGCUGGAACUGGAGCGGAGCCGGCGGGCCGAGGCGGGUGCGGGUGCCUCGCCCGGCGCGGGGAGAGAGGAGCGGACGCCGGAGCGGACGCCGGAGCAGUCGCCAUCGCCGUCGCCGUCGGGUCGUGGCGGCAGGGGCUACGAGCGCUCGGAGGAACACGUCUUUGCGCCCUCCCCGGACAAAUCGGCCAGCCCCGCGUCCCGCAGGCCGGUCAACGGCGCCCUGUCGCUGUUGAGUAAGCCACGGCCGACGGCGCACACGGCCCAGGCACGCUCGCCCUCGCUCGCCAAACGGCCGACUGCGCCUUCGUCGGGCCACGCUCCCUCCACACCCCCUGAGCACUUCAGCAGCAGAGGAGGAGGAGGAGGAGGAGCAGGAGCAGCGGGAGGAGGAGGCUCGGGGCCGCACAGGCGGCCGGACGGAUACGACCAUAAGGGCUUGGGCAAGAAACGCAAGGCCAGUGGUGUCUCGCCUCCCGUGACCCCCUCGCAACCCUCCAAAUCUCUGGGCCUCUCAUCCCCCUCACAUUCCAGCUUCUUCUCUUGGAAAAAGGACAGCAAAGGGACAGCCGCCUCCCUUGGACUGGAGAAGAAACUUGACACACAGAAGCCAAAGCUUCAUCACUGAGGCAGUCUGCCUUAAAACCACUAGGAGAAGAAGCCUACUGCCAUCUAUUGCCACAGAAUUUAUGCACAGGACAUGAUGGGCUGUACGUUACACAGCUGGGUCGAGUGUUUUGUAUGUGUGUGUGUGUGUGUGUGCGUGCGUGCGUGCGUGCGUGUGUGAGUGUUUGUAAAUGUGAGUGUUUAUGAAAUGUGAAUAUGAAUGAGAGCUGAUUCCCCCGUGUAUGAGUACAGAUAUACCUCAAGACCUUCCUAAGAUGCUGCUAAACAGAAAAUGUCAAUUAAUGGAAAAUGAAUUAAAUAUCCCUAACACUUGAA